AUGUUGGAUGAUGUAGACCAUCUAAUGCAGACACACUAAAGAGUCACAUUGCGAUAACCGUCUCAAUCGCCCAGAAGUGAUAUUUGCAGUAUGGUACCGUAGCUCAGUGGGUCUGGGAUUCUUUCUCCUUGUGUAUCAGUACUUUAUGGCAAGGUUCUCAUUAGUUUUUCGGUAGUUCCUUAACACAACAGUUUUACUGCUUUGCCAUGUUAUCUGUUUCAGAUUUGCUGCUACAACGGAUGGCGCAGGCAGAAGUCUUGUUUGAGAAAACCACCAUCUACCACACAGUGAGGAAAGAACUGAAGAAACACAAACAUGUGACGAUGAGCGGAACAGCUGGGGGAGGGAAGACCGCCAUUGCUCUGGUGUUAGGGAAGCAGUAUAACGACAACGGCUUUAAAGUGUUUUUUGUUACUGAUGUUUGCAAAAUCAAUCUGCGCGGCUGUUUAGAUGCAGAGGAAAAAGGUUGUUUUAUAUUUCAUGACAUCUUCAAAACGGUCGAUUUAGCAAGGGACAAACCACAGGUUGACCGCAUUUUACGUGAACUGGAACAAGAGCUGAAAAUGUGUAAAACCAGACCUGGAGACAAAAGGGAAGUUUAUGCAAUAUUAACUGCAAACACAAAUAGAGGUGAAAUAUCGCACUUUGGGGAAACAUUUUUUAGUGGUUCUUCUUUUAUUGACUUCACACUGUUGUCUCGUCAGUACUCGCCUGAGGAGAAGAAGGAAAUAUUUAACAAACAUCGUAAAUCAUCACAAUCAGGUGAUCUUCAGGACCUCGACGUAGACGCCAUUUGUAGUUUUGAACAAUCUGUUUUAGGCUUUCCUCAAACAUGCAAACUAUUUUUUGCGUGUCAAAGUUUUCGAAAGCAUCGUGAAAAGUUUUUCAGUGAACCUUUCUGUUAUCUGAGAGAAGAACUGGAAACAAUUCUCCCCGAAUGAAUGACGAGUCAGGUGCUCUCAUCCUGAUGUUUCUGUGUAAAGACACACUGAACCUAAGAGAAGUGGAGAUGCCAUCUGGCAACCAGGACCUAGAAAGCAUGUUUACAUUGAUUAAAGAUGUUGUACGUAUUUCCUCACGAACAAUUAGCAAAAUCAAUCAGACAUUUCUCGGGUACGUUUUUCACAAAGGGAGACAUACCAGGCUUUGCUCAUCCUUCCAUCUACGAUGCCUGUGCGUGUGCCUUAUUCACUCUCAACCCAUCCCUCGUCUUGGAAUAUUGUCAUAUGAAGUUCCUUCGUGAUCAUGUGCGUCUUGACCAACAUCUGGAGACUUCUACUGUGGACAAGAAUCAACCUAUAAUCCACGUAUCAGAUGUCUACACUGCCAUGAUCGAUAAAAGACGCGCUUCGGACAGUCAUUCAGGGGAGGAGCUGCCAAACGAAGGAGUCUGCAAUGAUGGUGUCAUGAGCAGAGAUUGGCUGGACAAACAGGUGAUGAGGACAAAAAAAGUGUUUGUUAAAACUGGCAUCUACGAUAGAGUGAAGGAGAAGUUGGAGACUGAGGGACAUGUGACAAUGAGUGGUGCAGCAGGUGGAGGCAAGACCGCCAUUGCUCUGAUGUUAGGGAAACAUUAUGAAGAGGAGCAAGGCUUUCGGCAGGUCCAUGUUGCUGAUGUUUCAAAGUUCAAGCUGGAUGUCUACACACGUGAACUUCGUGACAGGAGCGUGUGUUUCAUAUUUCAUGACAUAUUUAGGAUCAUAGAGCGUUCAAGAGACAUAGCUGUUCUCAAAAGUGUUUUACGUCAAUUGAGAGACUGUAAGAAAAAGACACAAGAACAAAAACUGUACAUCAUAUUUACGGCUAAUACAUACGGCGACCAAGGUGAGAUAUCACAGCUUGGGGAUGAAGGGUCAUAUUUCUUUAGUGGUCCAUUGUUCCUUGAUUUCAACAAGAUUUCUUAUCAGUACAAAUCUAAAGAGAAGAAACUCAUCUUUGACAAACUUUGCAAAGGUUUUGACACAACUGUCGAUGUGGAAAAGAUUUGUGGAUUUGACCAAUCCAUCCUUGGCUUUCCCCAAACAUGCAAACUUUUUGUUUGGUUCAAAAAAUUUCAAAACCAACCUGUAAAAUUCUUUCAAAGUCCUUUUCACUAUCUAAAAGAAGAAAUGAAUUCAAUUCUUGAAUUUGGGGAUGAUCAGUCUGCUGCUCUUAUCCUGAUGUUUUUGUGUGAUGGUCCGCUGAACUUGCACCAAGUUGAACUCCCAUCUGACAACAAGGAUCUCGAGGAUCAGUUCAAUACCAUGAAAAGCGUGGUGGAAUUUACAACGAGGACAGCAGUAGCCGUGGCAGUCAGGCAGUUUCGUGGUAGCUUCUUCACAAAAGGAGAUAUAACGUCAUUUGCCCAUCCUACCAUCUAUGAUGCCUGCGCCGUCGCCUUAUACACGGACCACCAGGCAUUGGUGCUGAAACAUGCCAGUAUCCGGUUCCUUUGUAAGCAUGUGUACACGAAAGAAACAGAACAUAAGCCCUCUGAGACUAUGGUCUCUGUACCUAAAGCCUAUAUCAAUGAACUAAAAGAGAGGUUGUUUAAAUUAGGAAAACAACAUCCCAACUAUACAGACCUCAAGUCAUUGAUUAUAAAAUGAUCUGGCAAUAUCUGUUAUCCAGUGAAUGGAUCUGCACCACUGACAAUAUAACCAUUUCAUGACAAAUACUGUAUAGCGUAUAUUUCCAUGUAUCCAGAAGAGAAUACUUGUAGA